UGGGAUCAUGUGACCAUGGACGAUCAGGAGCUGGGGUUCAAAGCUGGAGAUGUCAUCCAAGUACUGGAGGCCUCAAAUAAGGACUGGUGGUGGGGCAGAAAUGAGGAUAAGGAAGCCUGGUUUCCUGCUAGCUUUGUCAGGUUACGAGUUAAUCAGGAAGAACUCUCAGAGAAUUCCAGCAGUAUUCAGGGUGAAGAGCAAGAUUCAGACACUGGGAAGCACCGCCAGAAACAUUCAGAAAACAAAGACCAAAUGAGGACCAAUGUUAUACAGGAGAUCAUGAACACAGAACGUGUCUAUAUCAAGCAUCUCAAAGACAUCUGUGAGGGCUAUAUUCGUCAGUGUCGAAAACAUACAGGAAUGUUCACUGUUGCCCAACUGGGUACUAUUUUUGGAAACAUUGAAGAGAUUUACAAAUUCCAAAGGAAGUUCCUGAAAGAUCUUGAGAAGCAAUAUAAUAAAGAGGAACCUCAUUUGAGUGAAAUAGGAUCUUGCUUUCUUCAACAUCAAGAAGGCUUUGCCAUCUAUUCUGAAUACUGUAACAACCAUCCUGGGGCCUGCCUGGAGCUCUCUAACCUGAUGAAGCAGGGCAAAUACAGGCAUUUCUUUGAAGCUUGCCGCCUGCUUCAGCAGAUGAUUGACAUAGCCAUUGAUGGGUUUCUCCUUACUCCUGUUCAGAAGAUUUGCAAAUACCCUCUGCAGCUAGCUGAGCUACUAAAGUACACCACUCAAGAACACAGCGAUUACAACAAUAUAAAGGCAGCGUAUGAGACCAUGAAGAAUGUAGCUUGCUUAAUCAACGAGCGUAAACGCAAGUUAGAGAGUAUAGACAAGAUAGCACGCUGGCAAGUGUCCAUUGUGGGCUGGGAGGGGCUCAAUAUUUUAGACCGAAGUUCAGAACUGAUCCAUUCAGGAGAAUUGACCAAAAUCACAAAACAAGGAAAGAGCCAGCAGAGGACUUUCUUCCUCUUUGACCACCAACUUGUGUUCUGCAAGAAGGACCUACUAAGACGAGACAUGUUAUACUACAAAGGCCGAAUUGACAUGGAUGAGAUGGAGCUGAUGGACAUAGAGGAUGGGAGGGACAAGGACUAUAAUAUCAAUGUAAAGAAUGCCUUCAAAAUCAUCAAUAAAUCAACAGAAGAGGUGUACUUAUUUUGUGCCAAAAAGCAAGAGGAUAAAGGCAGGUGGCUACAAGCCUGUGCUGAUGAAAGGAGGCGAGUACAGGAAGACAAAGAAAUGGGAAUGGAAAUAUCAGAAUCUCAAAAGAAACUUGCUAUGUUAAAUGCUCAAAAACCAGGCCAUGGAAAGUCAAAAGGAAAUGACAAACCAUGUUUUUUGCAUCCUAUUCAUCAACGCCACAUCACAGUGCCUACCAGCAUUCCUCAACAACAAGUUUUUGCCCUGGCAGAACCUAAGAGAAAGCCGUCUCUUUUUUGGCACACCUUCAAUAAACUCACACCAUUCAAGAAAUGAAAAAAAAAAUUAUCUCCCUGCUGGCAGGGGCUCUGUGUGGAAAAGAGACAUGCUCUUUUAUUUCCUCUAUUUGAAACCUCAAGGAAAGUAUCUUGGACCCAGAACUGGAGUUCAUCUUUGUUGGGGAUCAGUGAAGGAGAGAACAAGAUUCAGCUCCCCUUAUUCCAGGAACCUAGCUGCCUUCUUGAAGGGUAGAAGAAGGUUAUGAAUCACAGUCAUAAGACAGCCCAGUACAAUGGCUCCAGUGCUUUGCAUACUAGCCUUUUAAUAAUGGCUUGUUGAAUUGAAAACCUCCAUAUUCUUUCUGUUCUGAAUUGGCCAGAGAUGUGGAGAUCAGUGGCAUGUUCUAAAGCAAAUGUUGAUUCUACUGAAAAGGCAUUGCUAAUGACGAGCAUGUUGGUGACCAGGGAA